AACCUUUUCCUUUGUUAAUUUUAUCCCAACACCAUCACAUCCUUUUUCUCUGACUUCUCUGACGUUUCCACCACUGUCUCUCCUCUCUCUCUCUCUCUCUCUCUCUCUCUCUCCUUUCCUAACGCUUCCCAUUUUUCAUGUUUUUGUCUUUUAACGAUCACCCUCGAUGCUCCUCCACUGACCUUCAUUUUCUACAUUUCCCUAAUUCUUAUGCUUAUGGUGAAUAUUAUGUAAAUACAGCAAAAUAUUAUUUGGACUUCAUCAUUCUGUUAUUGCAUAUCUGGAAUGUAAUCUAGCUCUUUGCUUCAAGAUUUCAAUUCAACCAUGAAGCCAGAAAUUGACCUUGAAGUUGAAGCUUUAUCAGAAAAAGAUUCUGAUGUUAGCAGCCAGGUAGCUUCCAACCUUUCAAACCAAGAAGCAUCUGCUGAUCCCUCCAAUAACAGCUUCACUAACACCUCCAAUGUCACUAAUCCUAUAGAGAUUCAAUCAAAUUCAGAUCCAGUUUUACUUGACUUAACUCUCUGCCUCAAUAACCAUGAAUCGGGAGGACCGGAUACAGUAGUAUUAUCAUUGUCAAGCACAAGUGAGAGUAGCAAUGAACCUGUGAAUAAUCCUUCAGCAGCAGCCAUUCCGCGAGUGUUUUCCUGCACUUACUGUCAUCGAAAAUUCUUCAGCUCCCAGGCACUUGGUGGCCAUCAGAAUGCACAUAAAAGAGAAAGAACACUUGCAAAACGGGCUAUGCGAAUGGGGAUAUUUUCUGAGAGGUACUCCACUCCAGCAUCUCUGCCCUUUCAUGGGUCUUUCUUCAGGUCUUUGGGGAUACAAGCUCAUUCAUCAGUGCAUCAACAUUGUUCACCAGCCAUGCGAUUGCCAGAUGUCAGAAGCAAUGCAAAAUUUGAACACGGGUAUCCUGGUCUCCCAAUAUAUGUGAAGGACGAUGAGGCGGACUUGUUAUGGCCAGGUAGUUUCCGUCAGGUAGCAGAGCUGGGCAAUAAUUAUCCAGGUUUUGCAGCAGCAGGAAGUUCAAGAAUGAAUAUUUUCGAAGUAUCUCCUCCAAUGAACUUGGAUAACUCUGCACCAGAUCUCACACUUAAACUUUGACCAGUUUGUGUAUUCUUACUGGCUUUGGCAGCUCUUUAUGUCAUUCUGUGAGAUGUACAUAUGCCAGGAAGAGUCUCUUUAAUACUUUUCGUGUUGUAAAACUUAUUGCUAGUGUAUAAGGGCUUUGUAAGGUCCUCUGCUUGUCAUGAUCCAUGUAAUUGACUGACACUUCUGCAGAUUUGUCAUGUAGAUUGCAUAAAAGACCAUAAUUUCUUGCUUCA